AUGGGUACGGGUAUCAUACGGAAUCUCGGGGCCGGAAACCGGAAACCUGCCAAGAUUCCAGGACCGAAAACAACACCCUGUAUCGAGACCAGGAAACGUCCGCAUCCCGAACCACCGCGAAACGAGUCUAGACAUAAUCAGCAGGAGGACCCUAAUGGCCUGAUGUUUGAUGAUGCUAUCUGA